AUGCUGCAAAAGGCUUUUGCAAUUUUACAGGGAUGGAGUGGGGAUCCUUGUCUUCCAUCACCAUUUUCCUGGGAUUGGAUCGAAUGUAGCACUGAUGCCACGCCUCGUGUGAUCGCCUUGAAUCUCACCGGCUAUGGUCUGACUGGUUCACUUCCAGAUUUUAGUUCUAUGGAUGCACUUCAAACAAUUGACUUGCAGGAUAACAGCAUUGGCGGGCCAGUACCUGAUUUUCUUGGCAAUUUCCCAAGUCUAACAUCAGUGUGA